UAGAUAACAUUGAAAAUGCUCUUACCGACAGAGAAGGCACAGCCAGCUGCAAUACCUCGAGGUCAGUGUGAAUUUGUAAAUACGCCGGAUGCGUGUGUUACUUCUGUGUUAAUUGUUUACGUUUUUAUCAACAAUAUGCAGAACGAAAAAGAGUUUAUACUCAGUGUUACACAAAGGAUCUUCAGUAACUGGAGUGCACUCGAGAUGGCGGUAGCACAUGGAAUGGGGUCCAAGGACAGUGCAAUCGACUUCUGCCCGUGGAUUACAGAAACCCUUUUCAUGAAUGAAAAUCCUUCUAACAAAGAGGUAGCAGAAGCCCUAGAAGACUACAUGGAAUCAGAAUUCCAAACGGAAUUGGAGGAUGGCAGUGCAAUACAAGUUGCUGAGCAACUGUUGAAAUUCUAUCGUUACUGUACGGAGGGAAAUGAAGCGGUUGCAGUGACGGAAAUGGAAAAAUUGCCAUCUCUGAAAACCUGGAUUCUGACACGUGAGGAAAUCAGACAACGGGGAAAUAAUAGGACAGUGCCAGUUAAUGAACAAAGCCACUCUGACAGUGAGGACAAUGAGGCGCAAAUGGAAGUGUCAACUAAUGAUGAUUGGGUUGAAGUACGCACUAAAAGGAAAAAAUAAAUUUAACUUAAUAAUUAAUAA